CCCAUCCAUCAGAGUAUAUGUCAGUUCAGUGGAGGCCAUUUUUGUACAUAUAUUUUUUUCAAGCGUGGCUAGCGGCACUAAAAGAAAGAUGAGUAGCUCCGAGGAGGUGUCAUGGAUUUCAUGGUUCUGUGGUCUUCGAGGCAAUGAAUUCUUCUGUGAGGUCGAUGAGGACUAUAUUCAAGAUAAAUUCAACUUGACUGGACUAAAUGAGCAGGUACCCAAUUACAGGCAAGCGUUGGAUAUGAUUCUAGAUCUCGAACCGGAGGAUGAACUGGACGACAAUCCCAACCAGUCUGAUCUCAUUGAACAGGCGGCUGAGAUGCUCUAUGGAUUAAUUCAUGCCAGAUAUAUUCUCACAAAUCGUGGAAUUGCUCAAAUGAUAGAGAAAUAUCAAACUGGUGAUUUUGGCGUUUGCCCCCGAGUUUACUGUGAAAGUCAGCCGAUGUUGCCAUUAGGUUUAUCCGAUGUUCCCGGCGAGGCAAUGGUGAAGUCAUACUGUCCUAAGUGCGUUGAUGUCUACACACCAAAAUCAUCAAGACACCAUCACACGGAUGGCGCUUACUUUGGCACUGGGUUCCCGCACAUGCUCUUCAUGGUGCAUCCGGAGUAUCGUCCCAAACGUCCGACAAAUCAAUUUGUGCCACGUUUAUAUGGCUUCAAGAUUCAUUCCCUAGCUUAUCAAAUUCAGUUGCAACAUGCAGCCAACUUUAAGGCUCCACAACGAGCGGUAAAUUAUAAAAAUGGAAAUCGCAGCUACAUACAAAAUGUAUAAUUAAAUUAAAAGUUAUGAAUAAUUUUUGAAAGAACACACAAAAAAAAGUUGAAUUCGUAAAGUCAAUAAGAGAGAAAAGAAUAUUUGAGAUGCAAAAAAUCUAAUUGAAAGAAUCUUCAUCGCAUUAUUCAUAAUCUCUAAGCAUUGAACUAAAAAAAAAAAAAACAAAAAAUAAAUAAAUGUUUUUCCUAUAUGUGAACAAAAUAUACUAAUUGUGAUUUUUUCUCUUCUUUUUUUCUCUUUCUCCCACUUUUAGUGAAAGGACAUCAAAUAGCGUGCUUUAUAAUUUCAUUUUCUUUUAACUCUUAAUUUUCAUUUAUGGUUUUGAAGAUCAAUUACACACGAGAUAAAAGAGAAAAUCUUGUCAUAACUUGUCAACAGUGUGUUGCAAUGAAGAAGAAAAAAAAAUUGAAGAAUGAUAGUAGAUUAUUUAAGAGACGGGCGCUGCAUUCUGGAUAUGUAGUAUGAAGAUGAUACAAAACUGAACUAAAAGGCUUCUUUCCCACAAGAACAAAAAAAUGGGCCGAGUGAAAGAAGAAAAUGAGAGAGAGGAUGAAGACAUCGGGAAUGUGGAUGAUGACUUUUUUAUAUAAAUACAAAACAAAAAAUUAAAAAUUAUUUAGUUAAUAUUAAAAAAAAAAUGUAUGUUUUAAUUUAUAUCAUGAAGUUUCUUUUGCAAACAUUUAUGAACCACCCCUCCCUCUAAGAGAAAAUUUGUCAACAUUUUUAUUGCAAUCGAUUUACAACAAACUUAGCACGAAAAAACAAACAAACAAAUUAUUGGAAAUCUCUGCUUUUAUUUAUUUUUUCUCAAGAGAAUUUAAUAUUUGAGAAAAAGGACAUUGAAAGUUUUGUAGUUAAUCGAUACAAUAAAAUGAAAUCCUAAAUUUAAAGAUCAUAAAAUGGAAGAUUAGAGAUAAAUUUCAAAUAGUUUUUAUGAAUUUAAUAUUGAGAGUAAGAAAAUCAGGUUCAGUAGAAGAGAAAUCAUUAGAUGAAAUCAAUGUAAAAAAAAAUAAAUCAUUAAAACCCA